AUGAAUAGUGGUACUGGGCCGGUGACCUUUGAGGAGGUGGCUGUGUAUUUCACCAGGGAAGAUUGGGCUCUGCUGGACCCCGCUCAAAGAGCCCUCUGCAGAGACGUCAUGCAGGAGAACUAUGAGAAUGUGACCUCGCUGGGGUUUCCUGUUCCCAAACCUGAUGUGAUCUCCCAGCUGGAACGAGGGGAGGAGCCGUGGGUCCUGGAUCUCCAGGGCUCUGAGGAAGGAGACAUCCCGAGAGCUGCCUACACAGGUGCUGGGAUGGUGAGUGAGAACAAGGAGCAGAACCCUGAGCAGGAAGUUGCUGAGCAAGUGGAAGCACAUGGGGGAUUAUCACAAGGAUCCCAAGGGAAUGUGUCCAGGCGUCAUGUGAAGGGGAAAGCCUGUGAGAGCCAGCACAGGCCAGAGAGGCAGCAGGGAAACCAGCCCAGGGAGAAAGUGGGCAAAUCCAUUAAUUGUCAGGGGACUCACCAGGACUCCAAGGAAAUCACAGCCCAGCAGAGAAUACCCACAGAAGAGAGAAAAAACACAUGCACUGAGUGUGGGAAACACUUCACUCUGAACUCCACCCUCAUUAGACAUCAGCGGAUCCACACGGGAGAGCGACCCUACAAAUGCUGUGAGUGUGGGAAACAGUUCAGUGAGAAAUCAAACCUUAUUACACAUCAGACAAGCCACACAAGAGAAAGACCCUAUGAGUGCUGUGAGUGCGGGAAAAGCUUCACUCGGAGCUCUACCCUUACUAGACAUCAGAGAAUCCAUACAGGAGACAGACCCUAUGAGUGCUGUGAGUGCGGGAAAAAGUUCACUCAGAGCUCAGUCCUUAUUAAUCAUCAGAGAAAGCACACAGGAGAGCGCCCCUAUACAUGCUGUGAGUGCGGGCAAACGUUCGCUCAGAGCUCAGCCCUAUUUAAACAUGAGAAGAUCCACACAGGAGAGCGACCCUACGAAUGCUCUGAGUGCGGGAAACAAUUCAUUGAGAAAUCAAAAUUUAUCAAACAUCAGGCAAGCCACACGGGAGAGAAACCCUAUGAAUGUUGUGAGUGCGGGAAACAGUUCAGUGAGAAAUCAAACCUUAUUACACAUCAGACAAGCCACACAAGAGAAAGACCCUAUGAGUGCUGUGAGUGCGGGAAAAGCUUCACUCGGAGCUCAUCCCUUAUUAGACAUCAGAGGAUUCACACAGGAGAGAGACCGUAUAAAUGCUGCCACACAGGAGAGAGACCCUAUGAGUGCUAUGAGUGCGGGAAAAGGUUCACUCAGCGCUCAGGCCUUAUUAAUCACCAGAGAAUCCACACAGGAGAGCGACCCUAUACGUGCUCUGAGUGCGGGAAAAAGUUCACUCAGAGCUCAGGCCUUAUUAAACAUCAGAGGAUCCACACAGGAGAGAAACCCUAUGAGUGCUGUGAGUGCGGGAAAAACUUCACUGAGAGUUCAUCCCUUAUUAGACAUCAGGGGAUCCACACGGGAGAGAGACCAUAUGAAUGCUUUGAGUGUGGGAAAAGCUUCACUUUUAAAUCGGACCUUAUUAAUCAUCAGAGGAUCCACCCACGAGAGCAGCCUGUGAAUGCGGGAAAAGUUUCAUCCGGAGCUCACACCUUAAUAGACAUCAGCGAUGUCACAGGAUAG